UUGAUUGGGAUUUCAAUAACCCUAGCCACAGCAGGAACUGAUUCAAAAUCAAGUAAAAAGGCAACAACGGUGAAGCCUGCGACCGCGUUAAAAUCUACCGGAAGCGAAAAUGGCAAAACAGCUACAAAACCGACUGCAAAGACAGCAACUACAGCUAGCACAACACGUAAAACGCUGAAGUCAUCAGCAGGCGGUACAGCGGAUGCCAGCGAUAAGCGAGGCAAACGUACGCUUUACGAUUUCGAAAACGCCGGCUAUCUCUAUCCGGAAAUUGCAAGUCGGCGUGCGGGCUACGAGAAUGAUGGGCAAUCGUAUUAUCCGCAAAGUGGGUAUUAUAAUGGACAAGACGCCAUUGCACAAUUUCCAACCAACUUCAUUGGUCCCCAAUACUAUCCCCAAUACUUGGAAGCGCCCGAGCCUAUUAUUGAGAUUAUCAUUAAAGACUCAAAUGAGACGCUACCCGAACCAGAACCUCAACCCUUAGUGACAAAGAAGAAGAAGGAGAAGGUGCAUGUAUUCUAUGUAAACUACAAGAAGGACCAGAACAACAAACUGCAUUUGGAAAGCCCCAUCGCCUCACUUAACAACGACGAUAAUGAGGAUGAAGAGGAAGAGGAAAUCGUACACUACCCACUGCCGGCAACUCCAGCGCCACCAGUCAAGACCACCACUCUACGCACCAUAAUCCACCCUGAUUCGGAGAAAUAUCACAGCAACAGUGGCAUACAUGUGACCUUCGGCUCCGAGGAUAAAUCGCAGGCGGGACACCAAAUCGAAGAACAUGACGCUGAAAGCAUACAAAACCAAGUAGUGGCCAUACCGGUUGGCGGAAGUGGGCAAGCAGGAAGCUACAAAGCGGAUUCUUACAACACUCGAGCGGAUUUUGGUGCGAGCCCACAAGGACACGCACAAGCUGGCGCUAGUCAGUUAUUCACCGAAUCUUUCCAGCAGAAACACUAUCAGCACCAGCAGCAGCCACAGCAACAGCAACCACAUCAGCAGGCACAUAUUCAGAAGCAACAAUUGCCACUGCAGCAUACCGGUAAUUACUUCCGUCCGCCAGCGGCUCUGGUGCAACAGCCCCAACCGAGCUUCUAUCAAAAGCAGCAAUAUACUCAGUACCAGCCACAACACCAACAACAGCAGCAGACACAACAGCAACGACCCGCCUUCAAUUCAGCUUUCAACAGCGCAGUUGCACCUCCACCAGCACCGCCAACACCACCGUCUCCAUCACCAGUACCCACCUUGCAACAGCUGCCACAAGCACAAACACAAUUCCGCAAGACCUUUGCGGCUUCCAGCGCACCGCAAUCUCACUUCUUCUUUAACCAAAAUCAACAAUACCAGCAGCAGCCCAGCAACCAGCAGCAAUCAUUCUUCAGCAGUUUAUUUCAAAAACCUACUCCCGCACCCGCUAAGCAGUCGGUCUUCUUCCCCACCGCGCCGCCUAAGAGUCAGGAGUUGCCCGCGCGCCAAUCAGGUUUGCCAUAUCAGCCGGUGAAAUUCCGUCCUACUUUGCUACCGGCGCAACCCCACAUUAAACCAGUGCCGAUACCCGCAAAGCUGGAGAAUACUAACUAUCAAACUGCGCAAACGCACCAGCAACACUAUCAACAACAGCAGCCGCAACAGCAGCAACCACAACAACAUCAGCACGCCCAACCGCUGAAACAGCAACAGAACUAUCACCCACAACAACCCUAUCAAUUCAACCGCCAACCGCAAUACGUGCAUCAGCCGACCUUCUCACUGCCCUCACCACAGCCAACGCAACCGAAUGCGAACAGCGCCAGCAGCAGCAGCGGUAGCAGUGGUAGCAGCAACUAUUUUAAGCAGUCACAACAAUCACACUCACACACGCAGCUGCUGAGCCAGAAACUAGCCUCCAGUCGUUACCAGCCACAGCAGCCACAGGCACAUCAGUCGCAACAGCAAUCGCAACAGCCAUUGCAACAACAGUCGCACCAACAAUCUUAUCAAACUCAGCAAAAGACCCAACAAAGUCAAAAGCAAGCCUUCCAAAGUCAACAAAUUAGCUCAUCUGUUGCCAAUGGCCCCACCGCCGCUUCACUGCAUUCAUCCGAUCCUAUUAAGUCGCUGCACAACUACUUUGGCGCAGAUCCUUCAAAGGAGACUGAGCUUCUUAAAUCCAUACCGAAAUACGAGCAACAUAUCACGGAAACUAUCGAGACACCAAUUGGCGGCGGACAAUACAAUGGCUUUGGAAGUUUUGGCUUCCACUCACAGAAUCAGGUAUUGCACGACAUACCGGCGCCGCAGUUGGGACCCACACCUGCGCCAAAUCACGCACAACAAUCCUAUUCAAGCCAACAACAGCAACACAAUCAAUAUACAAGCGGCAAUGCUGGCUCUUCGGCAGUUUCAUCAAGCGGUCACUACAUCAGCACUGCAGCUCAGCAUACUUCACAAAGUCAGGCACAAGCACCGCAAGAGCAACAACAUUUUAGCAACUUUGUGACCGCACAUAACAGUCCCCGAAAUGGCUACAGCACCACGACGCUAGCUCCACCUCAGUACGCUCAAACUACGGAUGGAGAGAAGGUCAUGAUUGUCACACCCAUGCCACCGAAUGCGUAUAAUCAGUACCACUCUAGCCAGUUUCCUCAACAAACCGGUGCCACACAUGUGCUAGCCAGUCAGCCCACGAACUACGCACAACAACCGAGGCAGACCGCUGGUAGUCUUAUUGCCUCAUCUCUACCCAAUACUGCUGCGGGUAGUUCACCACAAUUUAGCGUCUCUACCUUACACUCGGAUGUCUUUAAACAACUCGAACAGCGCCGCAGCGAGGAUAAAACUCCAGUAAGCCAGUUCAGCUUUGGAGCACAAGUGGCAUCUGGUAAUGAUAAACCCUAUCUGCCAACUACCCAAUCCACUAGCAGCAGCAGCUAUGGUCAAGCCUCUUCCACGGCAAGCAGUAGCAACGCUGAGCAGAACGCACAACCCACGCUAAAUGAGGUGAAGAGCACAAAAGCUUCACAAACACUACUACAGCUGCCCGAUGAAGUGCCUGAUGAUUUGCGCCAACAGCUACUGUCAUCUGGCAUACUUAAUAAUGCAGAUAUUUCCGUGUUGGACUAUGAUAAGGUAGGCGACGUGGCGUUGGAGAAUCUGCCCGCCGAACACUUGCAGCACUUCUAUGGUGCGGGUGGUGCAGCACAAAUCUCUGCAUCCAAGAAAGUCGUUACCGUCGUAAAGCCAAAUGGUGACAAGGUGGCGCUAAGCGAAAAGGAUAUCGAGCGCGUUAAGGAAUCAAAUGCAUUGCCACAUAAACAGGGUGUGGACGUGAAAGUGGUACACUUUGAUGCAGACAACGAGAAGCGCGUUUCGGAAAAGUAUAUUAAGUCGGAUGCGACUGUGGUGCCACCAGUGGACUUGGCGGCAGAGAGGCAGUAUAAUCGCUACCUGCCGUUGAAAAUUAAUGGUGCUCAGUUCCCACUGCCGGACAAUGAAGAAUUACGUGGCAAGAAGGUGGUGAGUGUCGUCGUUUUGGCGCCAGUGGAAGCGCAGCCACCUACCAAUGCGGCAGGUAGUAGUAGUAGCAACGAAAGACGCAGUGAACGUGAGGCGUCAGUGGACGACAAGGAAGUGAAAUUUCUGGGAGGUGACCUAAUAAAGACGCUAGUUAAGAAGCCCACAAAAGAGAAUUUUAAGCGCUGGCUGGAGAAGGAAGCGCGUACGGAUGUGGAACAGCAAUCGGUGAUUCUGCUGGUGGCGAAAUCUAGCGACAAUGCAGAGCAAGAAAUUUUCAUGUACGACAUCUCCACCGGAGCCGUGAAUAAAUUGAAUGGUGAACUAUCCAGCGCUUUCGUAAAUGUAGCCGAAGAGAAUGCCAGCUCUGAGGAUUUGGAACACGCUUCAACAUUGGAUCCAAGCGUACUGGAGACAAUGAUGCAUAAGAGUCGAAGAUGAGCGAUGUACGCUGCAUUCAAAUGUGCCACUCAAAUGUGCGAAAAAAAGCCAUUAUAAAAAACAAAAUUCAUUCAAUAUCUGUACGAGAUAAAAGCGAGUCCGACUUUGUGAAAGUCUGUUAUCGAAGCUUUCAAGCAGGUUUCGAAGAGCAAAUGAGCUAGUGCAGGUCUAAAAUAUGUUAGUUUAUUGUGAAAAGUUGAUAACUUCAUUUGUACAAAUUUUCGCAAAGCUUUGAAUACAAUAUUUUGCAUCUGAAGGAUUCGAUAUUUAUUAAAAGAUUAUUUUGCCCAUACGUAUAAAAUAUAAUACAUUCGCUAUUGAAGUUAGAAUACUUGGGAGACCUUUACUGCUCUGGAAUUUUAAGAAAACUGCGCGGUUUUUCGUGUUUGAAUUUCAUUCAAAUUCAAAUAAUUCUGCAUACAUAUAAACAGCACAAAUUUUUGGUUUAGUUUUUGUCAAUUUUUUG